AUGAAGGUCUUCACAGUCGAAGAUGUCAAAAAGCAUGAUCAGAACAGCGACCUAUGGAUGAUAAUCAAUGGUCGAGUCUAUGAUUGCACCAAUUAUGCGCCUGAUCAUCCUGGCGGUGCAGAGGUCCUCAUGACCGUUGCCGGAGCGGAUGGCACAGAAGGCUUCAAUGACAUUGGGCAUUCUAAAGAGGCCAAGGAACAGCUGGAAGGGCUUGUCAUUGGGACUGUCGAAGGUGCAAAGACGAUGACAGUGGUGGAAGAGGCUCAACCUCAGGGGCAAUCACAAAGUUCAAGUGCAAAAUCAACAGCACCGUCAACAUCAAAGGAGAUACCAAUGCCCACUCAUCAGAACAGGCGACUAAUAGUUUUGGCAAUAAUCAUAGUGUUAUUGCUUGUGUUGAUUAUGUAUCCAAUCGAUCCCAUAAUAACCGAGAUCGAAAGGCUCGAGCAGCUUGUGCGAGAACAAGACUCGAUGUCCACGGUGAUGAAUAGGAACAGGACGGCUGGGGAUAGUUUCGGCGGCCUAGGAACAUGA